AACAAUAAUAUAAUUAUCUUAACCAUCCUCUAGCAGAAGCUGGUAUGGCUAAUAAUUUUUUAAGAAAAUUUUGACAAAAUAAAAUGAAAAGCUUUCUUGUAGAACAGAUGGCAACAAAUAAUUUAAUGUAACGUCUUAAAAAAGUGUUUAGACGGUUUAUUUAAAGCCUUCAGAAAGCUAGGAAAUUCAGGGUCCCAAAGAUUCAGAUAUAAGCCUAGUGAAAACAGCUUGAAAGUAACAGAACGGGUAACAAGUAUAAGGUUUCUUGCGAUGAGCAAGCAACAAAAGCAGCUUGAGACUUUACGAUGGAACUGUCGUGGUAAAAACAAGAAAAUUUUGUUAAAAUUGUUUGAAAAAAUCUCAGCUGAAGGUCAAGAAAUUCCAACUUCCAUCAGUGAAUCCGAUGUAGGAAAAGUGUAUGGUGCAGUAGUAAAAUGCGGUUGUUCUAAAGGUGUUUUUAUUUAUUUAAAUGUCGGCAUUGAAGCUCGUAUUAAACUAUGCGAACUUCCCGAGUCACCCAUCGAUCCCGAAAAAGUGUCAAAUUUUUAUGUAGAGGGUCAAAUAUUGCCAGCUGUUCGUAUAACUCAUGUAGAAAACAAAUCGUCAAGGCUUAUUGAGGCGUCUAUACGAAAAGUCUUUGAUGUGUUUCUUACUUUUAGUGAUUUGAAAAUCAACGAUGUAGUAGCCACUCAGGUUAAAAAAAAACUAACCUCUGGUUUAAUUUUACAAAUAGAAAAUAGUUGUCUUCAUGCUUUUUGUUAUGUUAAAGAAAUACAUGAUAUGGAAGAUUAUAGUAAAGAGGAUGAGCAAGUGGUUAGGCAAAAGUUACUAAAUAAAUACCCUCUUAACGAUUUAUUAGCUGCUCGUAUAAUUUCCUUAGAUGAAACAAAGAAAAAAAUAUGGGUAACGCUAAAGCCAUCGUGUUUUGAUGAAUCGGUGGUAACAUUACAAGAAACUCUUGCUUCUAAGAAUAGAAAACCUAAGGUUGUUACAAAAAAUCAGUCCGAAAAUCCUCAAAAGGUUGAUGACCGAUUACCUAUCGAUAAUGGUGAAACAAAAGAAACUAUUAAAAAUUAUGACAGUGACAGUUCUGUAAAUAUCAAUUUUGAUGAAAAGUGUGAUGAACAUGGUAGUGAUGAUGAUUCAAUCAAUUAUAGUACGUGCGUUUCAACGGUUCUUUCAACCUUGAAUAAAGGGAUAAAGAAACGACUAGAAAAAAAAAGACUGAAAAGGUUUAAAACCAACGAAUCAGAUUCAGAUGAUAGUUUUAGCGAUGCACUCGCAGAUGAUGCAGUACUUGGCGCUGAAGACUUAGAUACAACGUUCAAAGGGGAUGAGGAAGAUUCUACAAUGCGCUCUCGCAAGCGCAAGGAACGACGACUUACGACUGCGGCUAAAAUACGCGAAGAAAUGAGAGUUCGUGAGAUAGAAGAGGAAGAUACUUUAAAAGAUGGUGUGUCUGCAGAAACCAUCCUAGAUUUUGAAAGAUUAAUUCAAAUAGAACCUAACGCAUCAAGCGUGUGGAUAAGAUAUAUGGCGUACUUUUUGAAAUUAAAGGAUUUAGAUAGAGCGCGAGAAGUUGCCGAAAAUGCUUUAGAAAGAAUAAGCUUUGAACAUGAAUCCGAAAGAUUUAAUGUAUGGGUGGCGUAUUUGAAUCUUGAAGCGUCUUUUGGAACAGUUGAAACAUUGAAUGAUAUUUUUCGAAAAGCUACUCAAUAUAAUAAUCCAAAGCAAAUUUAUUUACAGAUGACUCACAUUUAUCAGCAACGUAACAAUGUUGAUAAAUGUUUAGAAUAUUGUAAAAAAUGUGUUGAUAAGUAUCCUAAUUCUAAAAAAACUUGGAUUCGGUAUAUCAUGUGCUUAUUGGAAUUAGCGGUAGAGAAUCCAAUGGAUACUGAAAACAAUGUUCGAGGCGUUUUGCUUCGUGCACUAAAUCGUUUAUCUAAGAAAAAACAAGUAGACGUUUUAUGUGCCACAGCUCGUGCAGAAAUGAAAAUUGGAUCAAUAGAAAGGGGUCGCACAUACUUUGAAAAGCUUCUGGAUGAAUAUCCGAAGCGUACAGAUUUAUGGGGUCAGUAUUAUGACGCUCUUAUCACCGCAGUAAAAAAUAAAAAAUUAAGCGUAUCUUCUUGUGGACCUUUAUUUCACAAGCCUAUCGCAAUGACAAAUUUAUUUAAACCAAGACAAAUGAAAUAUUUUUUUUCACGAUGGUUAGCCUUUGAAACUUCUUACGGUACUGAAGAGAGUCGUGCUCAUGUGAUGCAACAAGCUGAAAAUUACGUUCAAAAUACUUCCCUUUGAGUUGCCCGAUAAUACAUGACAAUGUAAAGACAGCUUGAAAAAGAGUUCAAACAAUACUUAUUGUGUCGCUGUAAUUAGUAUUUCUUUUUCUCAUUUUCACUAUUUGUGUUAAAAAAUAGAGACCUAGAGGUUUUCGACAUGAUAUUAUUGAUAUGACGGUGGUUUAAUUCAA